UGGUCGUCGUGGCCAGACACGGCCGGCAUUGAUGCUUGGAGUCUCCAGGCUCCGGUAAAGCCACUUGUCCAAAUCUUGCAAACGUGUGACUGGAGUUUCUAGAUUUUGGGAAAGUGCCCUUGGUGGCUAUGCGCCGCGCUCUGAGCUGCCACUUUGCCAGCGCAGCGUGUUUGAAGUCGGGCACGGAGAGCUACACUUUCGCUCCAAUUCUCGGAUGCCGUGUGUCAUGAUGUCAUGCGGAACGUAAAGGUUCCUUUUUUUUAAACUGCAGCAAAGCCAACAGCUGGUGCUGAUAUAAGUGAUGUUUUCUACGGAGUGGGCUGCAGAGCAAAACAUGAGCAUUCUCCCCGCGCGGGAAGGAACUCGCGCCGCGCCGCACUAAGAUGCUGCGGAACCCUGCGCCGCCGGCAGAGAUUGCCCAGGAAAUCUUAAUCACAUGACAGCACUUACAGCCUGAGACGCUGGUGGAGGAGGGGCCACGGUGCUGUGAGCGAGGGCAAAGUCUGAGGCACACUCAACUGAGCGGAAUCGCUGAUGAAACUUCACACAAAAUCUCCACGCUGGAACACGGCGUGACUAUCAGAGCCGUGCCAGGUCGGCGUGGUGAAGGCGGUGACGGUGCUGGGACACGGCGUUGCGCCCUCACAACUGAGCCGGGGUGUCCAUCAUCAUCGACGUCGCUGAGAGAGAGAGGAUCUCCCGACCUGGACACAGCAGCCAUGGAGGCCAGCAACCGCUCUCCACAGCCGGCGCUCAAGUACGAGCAGACGCUGAUGUAUGGGAGGUACACGCAGGAGCUGGGAGAAUUCGCAAAGAAGGAGGCGGCACGGAUCCGCGUGAACGACGCCCGGCGUGACAAGCGGCAGCUGCGGACGCGACAUAGCAAGGACCACGACACGCCACGAUGGAGACGUUCCGUGUGCAGAUCCCAGCUACGGAAGUGCCUCGUAUCGCGCAUCGGCGAGGACUGGAUCUUCCUGCUGCUUCUCGGCCUUGUCAUGGCGCUAGUCAGUUGGGUCAUGGACUUUGCCAUCUCCAAGAGUCUACAGGCUCACAUCUGGAUGUUCCGGCAGCUUGACAACAACGUGAUGCUGCAGUACCUGGCGUGGGUCACCUAUCCCGUGGUGCUCAUCACCUUCUCUGCCGGAUUCUGCCAGAUCGUCUCGCCGCAGGCUGUUGGCUCCGGGAUCCCUGAGAUGAAGACGAUCCUGCGGGGUGUGGUGCUCAAGGAGUACCUCACUCUCAAGACGUUUGUGGCCAAGGUGGUCGGCCUCUCCUGCUCCCUGGGCAGCAACAUGCCGCUUGGCAAGGAGGGCCCCUUUGUUCAUGUCGCCAGCGUGUGCGCCACGCUGCUCAGUAAAUUCAUGUCGUUUUUCGGCGGCAUCUACCAGAACGAGUCACGGCACAUUGAGAUGCUGGCGGCCGCCUGCGCCGUGGGCGUUGGCUGCAGCUUUGCCGCCCCUGUCGGAGGUGUGCUCUUCAGCAUCGAAGUGACAUCCACCUACUUUGCCGUGAGGAACUACUGGCGCGGCUUCUUCGCCGCCACCAUCAGCGCAUUCAUCUUCCGCGUGCUGGCCGUGUGGAACAACGACGCCGAGACCAUCACUGCGCUCUUCAAGACCAACUUCAGGAUCGACUUUCCAUUCGACCUGCAGGAGCUGCCGGCCUUCGUGGUGAUCGGGAUCUCGUGUGGUCUGGUCGGCGCACUCUUCGUUUACUUCAACCGUAGGAUCGUCCUCUUCUUCCGAAGGAACAAGGCCAUCAACAAGUUCUUCAUGAAAAAGCGCCUGCUCUUCCCGGCCACCGUCACGUUCAUCAUCGCCACACUCACCUUCCCACCUGGGUUCGGACAGUUCAUGGCAGGAGAACUGACGCAGAGGGAGAUCAUCAACACGCUGUUCGAUAACCGCACAUGGGUGAAGGAGGGCGUCGCGCACGAGUUCGACCUUCUGGACAAUGCCAGCCACUGGAAGCACCCGAACGCCAAUGUCUUCAUCAUUCUUUUUGUCUUCAUCAUCAUGAAGUUUUGGAUGAGUGCCCUGGCAACCACGAUGCCUGUGCCGUGUGGAUCAUUCAUGCCCGUGUUCGUCAUCGGAGCUGCCUUCGGCCGCCUCGUUGGGGAAACCAUGGCUUCCUGGUUCCCGGACGGAAUCCACUCCGAGGACAAGGUCUACCACAUUGUACCAGGCGGCUAUGCCGUCGUAGGAGCGGCGGCGCUCACGGGUGCCGUGACACACACCGUGUCCACGUCAGUGAUCGUGUUCGAGCUCACGGGGCAGAUCUCGCACAUCCUGCCCGUGCUCAUCGCUGUCAUCCUCGCCAAUGCCGUGGCGCAGGCGCUGCAGCCCUCACUCUACGACAGCGUCAUCCUUAUCAAGAAGCUGCCGUACCUGCCCGAUUUGGGCUGGGGGAACACAGAGACGUACAACAUCUUUGUGGAGGACAUCAUGGUGCGCGACGUGUGCUUCAUCUCGUACGUGUGCAAGUACCGCGACCUCAAGGAGCUGCUAUGCAGCUCCAGCCUCAAGUCCUUCCCACUUGUUGACUCGUCUGACUCGAUGAUCCUGCUGGGCUCGGUGGAGCGCAGCGAGCUGCAGGUGCUGCUGGACCGGCAGGCCGGCCGUGAGCGCAGGCUGCAGCACCUGGAGCAUCGCUCCCUCACACCCACCACUACUGCCGCCGCCUCCGCCAGCGCUGCCCCCAACAAAGCACUCAACGGUGCUGUGCUGAGCACCAACGAUGAUGGCAAGACCCUGCAGAGCACGAAUGGGAAACCGCUCAAAUCGGCGAUGAAGCAGACGCCCAACACUCUGUCAGCACAGGCCUUGGAGAGGAGGGCAGGGCAGGAGAGCCCACGAGUGGCUCUAAACACCAUCUUCUGCUCGAGUCCCAGUGAGGAUGAGACCGAGGCAGAGAGCUCCACCAAAUGUGAGACCCUCGAAAGCCGAAAGCAAAAACGGGUCAAAAUAUAUGUCGUGGAGGAGCCAGAAGUGGAUUCCAUGACUGAGAUGGAGGUGGAGGAGUGGGAGGAGCAGCAGUUGGACGAGAUGGUGGAGUUUGACUUCUGCAGGAUCGACCCGUCCCCAUUCCAGCUCGUGGAGCGCACGUCGCUGCACAAGACCCACACACUCUUCUCUCUGCUGGGUCUCAGCCGAGCGUACGUGACCAGCAUUGGCAAGCUCGUGGGCGUCGUUGCCCUUCCGGAGCUGCAGAAGGCAAUUGAGGGCUCGGUAGUGACGGGCAAGGGCCUGCGCCUGCACCCGCCACUCGCCAUGUUCCGUCGGGCCAGUACCAGCAUGACCGGCGAUCCCGAGGCCACCGACAACCACCGGCUGUGGGAGCGGCGGCCGAGCUGCGCCGUGCACAUCGACUCACCGCUCACCGAAACCGAUGAGCAGUCUGUGUGAGGGCUGGGCCUGGGAUGCAGGGAGAGCACCGCUGUGGUGCAGAGAGAGUGGGGUCAAGCACCGGCACACUCCACAUGGAGCCUUCAGUGGGGCCGCGGGCCAUCGUAGAUAUGAAGUCGUGUGCAGCCCCACCACGGCAGGAUGUCUGGAGCCAUCGCCGCACACUUGGAAGGCACUUUAAAUUCUGCAGACUACCCCCUCGAUUCUGGGGCAAUGGCUGGAGAUUGACGCUCGCAAGAUUUUUUUUUUAUAACAAGAGAAAAGCGGUGCUCGUAACUCAAUUCGUCCUCUGCGUGGGAGAAUCACCUACCAUCUUGGAGGCCCGGCUGGGCAUGGUCGGGUGUUUUCAGAAUCCGACGUGGCCCAGGAAGACGCCACCGCCUUCGUCGCUCGGCUUCUGACCUCGUGUGCAAUGGCCGACUCAGUGGCACCCAGCCCCGAACACUCCGCACUCCAUAGGUGGGCGAUACGGCGCCCGUGCGCCCACUCGAUUCCUUCCAACCGAUACUUAAAACAUUAAAAAGAGUAACAUCAGCAGUAAUAUCAGUAACCCGCACAUGUAAAUGAAACUUGCGUUUUGUACAACCCUUUCCCCUCUACGGCCAGCGUCGUUGCCUGUCAUGGGCCUUUUCCGUGGUGCCCUGGUCCCCACGAAGCCUGUAGCUUCCUCCUCCUCCCCUCCGUAUCUAUGUUUCUGCGACGUUGUACGUCGUGUUUGUCGCAUUCAGGGUCUGUCUCAUGUUGGGAUCAGACUGAGAGAUGCGAAAGCAACACCCCAACACCGCGUCAUGCAGGCAGCGGCUGCCAGCGCCGGCUAUGAAUGUUAACCACUGACAAGGACUACUCGAAUAACUCAGGGUCAAAUUAGUUUCUCAGAGGCGUCAAUGCUGGAUACUGCACUGUUUAACCAUAUCUUAUGUUACGUCGUAUUGUACUACAUGGAAUAUUGCAUUGUAUGAUAAUAUCAAGCACUUUUUAAUUGUAAGCGUAUCAUUUUGUAAUCAUGGAACCUCUGACUACAAAUGUUGUUGGGAUCAGUUUUCACGUCAUGUCUGGCUCUUGAGUGGAUUCUAUUUUUUUACAUCACUGAUGACGUGCGAUCACACUGAGAGAGGAGAGGCCACAAGGUGAAGAGGCAUCAAUAUUCACAUGACUUACAGGAGGCAGAGACUCGCGCCAUAUCCUUGUGGAAUAUCCCGGAAGACCCCACACAGAUCUCCUUCAAUAGGGGUCUCUUCACUUGCCGUCCAUAUUCAUGCCACGUCGAGAAUAUUCAGUGUGUUUCGUCAUUCAGUGUUCUUUGUUUGGUCGCGAUUAGGGUUAGUUACAAUAGUGUAGCUAUUUUUUUACAUUUAGUCGUAGGUAAAACCAAAGAGUGUGCCAAGAGCAUGGAGAGAUGCAUGCUUCAAAUUACACUCUGAGACAGGAGCACGUGGAUUAGAGGACAUACACAGGUAACUAACAUCACAACUAUUAAGGGGUACGUGGAUUUGGGCAGGAUACGUUGCUAAAAGGAACGAUGGUCAAGAAAAAUGAUAACGGAGUAGCAUAUUUGUGCCAGAAAGGUGCCAUGUGUGUUAAGCAAAAAUAAAAUGCACACGACUUGUCAAGGAA